CCCGACUUGUCAUCACUGUAUGGACCCUGCGAUGCGUUUUAUUGCCGUCAUUGGUGUAUGCUUUCGUAGAGCUCCUACGUCUCUCACGCAUGCGCUGUAGCGUCGCAAUAUAUUGCAUUUAGCAACACUGAUACCCAUAGUUUCUCUCUGCUAGAACAAAAUAGUGGUAGUGACAAACGCACGCGAAAAGUACACGUUUCAGAAUGAGUUUAAAUCCAGCUACAAAGCAAAGAAUAGCUAUUGUAUUAAAUAUGAGCAAAUUUGUAUUUCAAUGGGGUUUUAUUCCUGCUGUUCUUUAUUUAGGUUUCAGUAAAGGUGCAGAUCCAGGCAUGCCGAAGUUAACUUUUAUGAAUUUAUUGUGGCAGUGAAAUAUAAUAAAAUAUUUUCCAUUUCACAAAAAUUGUAUGUAUCAUGAAUGUUACAUAAAUAUAAGAUUGUUACAUCAUAUUUUCCACAAAGCUAAAAGAUUAUGUAUCAAUAAAGAAGUCUCAUUAUAUAGUAUACAAUAAAUAUGAAAAUAAUAAAUAA